AUGAAUGUUUUGCAACAGCCCGCCCCUACGCAACCAGCCCCGCCCACCGCACCACAGGCCCCACCCCCAGCAAUCCAGGAGCAGGAGUGCAGAGUAACUGGAUCAGCACAGGCCCCGCCCCUCUUCCACCCGGGCUCCCUCAGCGUGUAUCUGGGCGAGACGUACGACUAUGUGUCUCAGCAUAUCAACUCUUACUUCAGCAGCGUGACUGACCCCAGGUCCUCUCGCCCAGAGCCCUCGAGCGUCCAGAGCUUCUUAGGGACCGUCAUCACGCCGCUGGUCCCUCGGCUCAGAAGCGCAGCGGAUGAAGCGGUCAGGAGUGAGGAGCAGAGAGCCGGCCGCCUGCUGCUCCAGAGAGAAAAGAUCGUGGCGAGGCUGAGUGUGGAUAACCGGACGCGGGCUCUGGUUCAGGCUCUCCGUCGGGCGUCAGACGUACAGCUCUACAUCCGUCGGGUGGAGGAUCUCAGUCUCCAUCUGCUGGAGUUCCCAGAGACUCGAUCCGUAGCUGUUCAGGAGCGAGUGAUCCCGUGUCUGCUGCGUCUGCGUCAGGCUGGAGACGUCUCUCUGAAAGCUUCGGUCAGAAAGGCUCUGGCUCUGCUGGGCUUCAAUGAUCCUGUGAAGAAACGAGGCGUUCGGAUCCUCUCCAUCGAUGGAGGAGGAACCCGGGGUCUUCUGGCUCUUCAGACGCUCCGCUGUUUACAGGAGCUGUCAGGAAAACCUGUUCAUCAGCUCUUCGACUACAUCUGCGGCGUCAGCACAGGUGCGAUCCUGGGCUUCUUGCUGGGCGUCUUCCAGAUGCCUCUGAAGGACUGUGAGGAUCUCUAUAAGAAGCUGAGCUCAGACGUCUUCAAGCAGAACCCGAUCGUGGGAACAGUGAAGAUGAGCUGGAGCCACGCUUUCUACGACAGCCAGACCUGGGAGACGCUGCUGAAAGAGAAGAUAGGCUCGGAGCUGAUGAUUGAGACCAGACGAGACCCAGACUGUCCCAAAGUGGCAGCGGUCAGCACCGUGGUCAGUCUCUCUCCUCCGGUCAGAGCCUUCGUCUUCAGGAACUACAGGCUUCCUCUCGGAGAACGCUCUCAUUAUCACGGCUCCUGCAGGCACCGGCUCUGGGAGGCCCUCCGCGCCUCGUCCGCGGCCCCUGGGUACUUCCAGGAGUUCAGUCUGGGACAACACCUGCACCAGGACGGGGGGAUGCUGGUCAAUAACCCCACGGCUCUGGCCAUCCACGAGAGUCAGUGUGUGUGGCCGGACGUCCCGCUGCAGUGUGUGGUGUCUCUGGGGACGGGACGCUUCCGGACGCCGGGGAAGAGCCGUGUGUCCAGCACCAGCCUGAAGACCAAGCUGAGUCACGUGAUCAGCAGCGCCACCGACACCGAGGAGGUGCACGCUCUUCUGGACGCUCUGCUCCCGCCGGACACGUACUUCCGCUUUAACCCCUUCAUGAGCGAAGACGUGUCUCUGGACGAGAGCCGACCGGAGAAGCUGGAGCAGAUGCAGGCCGACGGUCUUCAGUAUCUGGACAGAAACCAGCAGAAGCUCCAGAGAGCCGUCCGAGAGCUGUCCCGAGACAAGAGCUCCGUCCAGAGACUGACCGACUGGCUGCGGCUCAAAGCGCUCAUGAACCAGAGCUUCUAGAAGAUCAAUCAAUCAAUCAAUCAAUCAUUUUUAUUUAUAUAGUGCUAUUAACAACACAGGUUGCAUGAUGCUCUUCAGCCCAGAUCCGUGAUGAAGACUCGAGAGGGACAGCAAGGAAUACACCACUACUUCAUUUUAUUCAUUUCUUCAUUGAUUUUAUUUUAUUUUAUAUAUAUAAAAAUUGUAUAAUUUUUUUGUAGGGUUAGGAUUAAUUUUAUUUAAUUUAAUUGCAUUCAUUAUUUUUUUAAUUUUU